AUGCAUUGUUUCAGGACUUUCCCGGUGACCCUUGCCGUAUUAAGAAGACAGAGGUCCAGCCAGUCGAUUCCGGCAGCAGUCGAUAGUGCUGAUUUGAUCCAAACCAAUGCAGCAGCGACAAAAGCUGGCGUCGAAACCUUGGGCCCGGCUGUGUCGCCUCGCUUUUUCGGUGCCAUGAACCUCGGAGAAUCCACUUCCGACGAGGCUUUCUCCCAUGCCGAUGCUGGAGAUGACCUCGGCCUCGUAGGUUAUACCGAAACAGGUUCUGCUUCGGCGGAGUCGCAAGUCUUUGCGGAGACGCCAUCUGCAGGCUCCAAGGAGGCCUGGCAGACCUUUUGGCCAGGAUCAGCAAGCGUGCCAACAAACCGAAUUGGGCCGACGCCACGCUGGGUGUACUCGAACACCGAGUUCAUGCAGCCUUAUACGACAAGUGGUGAUGGAGUUCCCCGGCAAGGGCUCAAGGCUGCCAGAUGGUUCGACAACUCUGUUCUGCAGUACAACGGUAUGGGCCAGCCACAGCUGCCUCCAUUCGGGGUCGGGGCCCGAUUAGUUGAGUCCUCGGCCGCCUCUACGUCUUGGGUGCAGCGGGCCGUGAAUACCAGCCUCCUAUGCAAAGAGGCUGGCUGCACAGCGACUUCGAAGCUGCAGGUCUUCGAUCCGCAGCAGGAAGAAGCGCAACUUUGCAGGCUCACGAUUGAGGUGCAUCCCACUGACUACGACAACCUGUGGAGCAAGGAGUUCGUGCGCAUCUGGAAGAUUAACGAGCAUUUGGCCACCGCCAAGUGUGAUCCACAUGCGCUGGGCUGCAACGCAUCGGCUUGGCGGCCCUUGGUGCCGUGCUUGCAGGAUUUGAAUGUCGACCACCUACUGGCUGAAACUGGCUCACUCCUCAUCGAGGGAUCCAUCAACAAGAUGGUGGAUGAGUGCCCCUACCAUGGCUAUCUUUUGAACGGCAUGGCUGUUGUCACCUGCAUGGCCCGCAAGAAGGUGGCGGAGAAAGCCCUGGCGGCUCCUCAUGCUGCCUUUGGUGGAGCUCCCGGCCACGCACGCCUCACAGCCAGGGAUCUCUCAGAUGGGGAGUUGAGGCGUUCCUUGGUUGCUGCCGGUGGUGCCGGGGCUCUUCAGGCAGCCGGUCUCAACGGUGUAGGCCAGGACGCCGGUCUGAACGGUGUACGCUUCGCGCAUUUGGACGGCACUGCUGCCGACGACGCAAAUGGUUUAUUGGGUGCUGCCGGCGGUGCAGCUGUGGGCAGCGACGGUGACGGCACUGGAAGCGGCAAUGGAAGCAGUGGAACUGGAUCGCUUUCUGAUGAGACACGAGCACUACUCGGCGACAGGGCUGCAGAACUGGACGAUGUGGCCCUGGCCGCUGCUGGUUUGAAUGCCACAGAGAUCGCAGAGCUGCGUGCCAAAGCGAAAGCCAACUUCCUGGCAGAUGCGUUGGCGCCAGGAGCUGUCCUUUCCAACACCACCAGCAUGCAGUGUUGCGAGCCAGGAUGUGCUGUGAUGUCUGAGAUCCAUGUAGACCCGAUCUUUCUGAGAGCUGGUGCGACCUGCCUCAUGAAUUUCACGGUGGUGCAGACUGACUUUGACGAAGCUGUUGGCAACGACGUUGAACGGAUCGAGUUUAUCCAUGUUGAGGGCAUGGGCAACAUCAGCGAGGGUGCCAAGCCCGGAAGGAACCCCUGCACCGAGGAGUACAGCACAGGGAAAACCGUUCCCAUGGAAGACCGAGUGUUCACGGUCAUCCGGAACAAAAAUGUCACGGCAGCAAUCAUGGCCCCACCUAUGGGGAUGCUGGUUGUCGGCAGCAAAAUCUCGCCACAGGUCGACGACUGUUCCGCCAACGGUGUGCUGUUUGACAGCCAAGUCACACUCUCUUGCAAGCUUCCAGAGAAAAGCUGA